AUGCAGGCUAUGUGUUCUUGCUUCCAUCGACUGUGCAAACUGAUCUUGUGCAGCCCGGAUUCACUUUUUGACGGCGAGACUGAGGGCUUGCAUGCGAAGGGUUCAGCAAUUCACUAUGUGCCUAAAUAUGGCAGUGGUUUUUUCAGGGCUUGCCAGAAGCUGGACAAGAGAGAAGCGCAAAGAGGCAAGAUUGGUAACUUGCCUCGCAGCGGAUUUCUAUUGGUCUGGCUUGUUUCGGGGCCACAGGUGCCAUGUCAGAUGGUCGGGAGACGCAUUUUUGGGAUUGACAAGGAGCUGUGUCUGCCUCAAUGUUGA